GUUCGCCAUAUGAUUAAGCCGUCUUAUCGGUUUUCCUAUCCCCUGGGAUAAAUAUGUGAAUCCUAUCCUUAUCAAUGUACACUCAAUUUAUAACAUAACACCAUCAAUUAGUGAAUAUUUCUUUGACUUCCGAAUACUUAAUUCGUAUACAUUCACAUUGUGAAGUUUUUGACGCUUAGGGAAUGAUUUUCUUGUGCGAUGUUCAAACCAGUUUACGUCUUCGAAAUCACCAUGUUGUUCCAAAAUAAUUUAAAAGUGGCCAAACGACGUAGUUGUAUUUUUUAAAAUUCAAAUACUCAAAUUAUAACUUUUAUAGUGGAAUUGUUUUUCUGAAUAUAUAUCCAGAUUCGUACUUUGAAAAUCUUUUGAAUACACUAUUUUUUUUUGACCCUCAAAAUAUAUAAACUUUGUUUCAAAGUUGUAAAAAUGAAUUACACUAUUGACAUAUUUCCUAUUGCCUACAAUCGACACAAAUUUAAAUUCUUCAUCGGUGCGCUCUUUGAUAAUACACUUUGUAACAUACUAUAGAUCAGUGUUUCUCAAACAGUGGGGCGUAACCCACAAGGGGGCGUAAACAAUUUUUUUUGAGGAGAGGUGAAGCUAAUUGAUACAUUCGUAAGAUUUGGUCUUGCCUGCCUCAUUUUGGAUAUUUACAUUUCUUUAUUGUUCAACAAUUGCGAUUUCAUCCACACAUUUAAACAUGUUUUUUGAAUAAAACAUACUUUCGCCUUACUAUCUAUUAUUUGUGGAUUAUUGUUAGUUUUUUAUUUUUGAUGUGAGCGCACACUAAAAAGGGGGCACGGCAUAAAAAGUUUGAGAAGCACUGCUCCAAGAUAUUUCAUGAAAUUUUGCACGGUCAUCUUUAAGUAAUUAUCUAUUUUGUACUAUUAGACAAUAAGUUCUUUCAUAUUAUUUAUUGAUGCUUUUUUACACAAUGUUUUUUGAUCAUGAUUUCAGUUUUAUCAGCUUGUUCGGAGAUUAUUUUUAUUGCGUUCGAAGGGGGAGGGGGGUAUGCCCUUUUAUUGAUAGACGCAACAGAACUGAGGCACUUUUUGUUAUUUUUGCCAAAACCCUUUUCAAUAACAUACCAGACUCAACAGCUGUAACAUUUUGUUGUUUUUGCUAAAACUUCAAUACUACUCUAGACUGAAAGCAUAGGGACACCCAGUUUACAAAGUAAUAAGUUAUUGCCCCCCCCCCCCCUCCUCCCCAUCAAAAUGAGGUUUGACCUCCACCUUUCUCUGUUUAUUCUAGUGAGUAUUAUUCAAUGAGUUGAACAGAGAACGUAAGGCACUAACCCAGGGGGGCAAAUUACAGCCAGCGGGCCGGAUUCGGCCAACUUGUGCCUGCUGAAAAUACCACUGUGGUUUUUACCAGUUGAAAUUGAAGUUAUAAUGACCUCAAUUGUUACAUUGUGUUUCUCAUUAUUAUAUAAACAUUAGCCUAGCUCUUGUAAAUAAAUUGUUUUUUAUUCAUAGUUUUUCAUAUUGAGUUUUGAGCCCAGUAACCAAUUCUAUUAUCUGUACCAGGCCCACUCAGAAAAGUAAUUGGCCACCCCUGCACUAACCUAACUCAUCCUAACCGUGCCUAAGAUGAACGGAAUUGAAUAGAUCUCAAUAACAAGAUAGCACCAUAUUUCUUCUAACUAAAAGUUCAGUUCCAUGGUCAAGUUCCAAUUUAAUUGAAUUUAACUUUUUUGUAUUGCUAUACUAAUACUGUAUUUGGAAUUUUUUUCGUAUAGAGUUUAAAGAUAAUUAGAAUAAGAAAACCAUGGAUAGGCGUAUGGCUCGAAAGCUGGUAGUAGAUGAAGCGCCAAACAGACUAUUUUUAAAGUAUUUAGCUGAGUGGCGAGAUGAAGCCAAAGAAAAAGGCGAUAAAAGUUCUUUUACUUAUAAUAAAGCAUAUAAAAGUCUAAAGAAAUACCCGCUUCCAUUACAAUGCGGUGCUGAAGCGAAAAUUCUCGAAAAUUUCGGCGACAAAAUUUGCAAAAUGCUUGAUGGUCGGCUCGCAAAAGAUGCAGAAAAUGACGGUUUACUGCCGGUAGAAUUUCUAGAAAAAUCCAGAAAAGUUCCAGCAUCAUGGUGGGAUAGGGUUAAUAAAGAAGCACCAGUUGCGAAAAAAAAACCAGCUAAGAGAAGGAAAAAAGCAGAGGAGAGCACUCAAGAAAAAAAGAAGCCAAAGACCAAAACAAUAACUGAGAUGUUCGGAGUGCAGGUAAAAGAAAAAGAGCUGGGUGUUUCCCAAGAAUCUAGUAAAAUAAAUAACUUGAACAAUAAUAAUGAACCAGGCGGUCCAAAAAUAGGGGUCACGACCUCACCUUAUAAAAGUCAGGAAAUCAUGACUUCCUCUCCUGUGUUCACACUUUCACCUGGAGAAUUUGAUAUUGUGUUAUGUGUUGAUACGAGGGAAACGAUGGGGGAAUCAAGACGAAAAGAAAUGGGGGUGGAGUUGAAUAAACAAAAUGUGUGUUACGAGCAACGUACACUUCAUAUCGGGGAUUUUUUGUGGAUUGCGCAAGAAAAACCGGCUCUUUGUGUCGGUAGAAAACCAAAAGAACUUGUUUUAGAUUAUAUUAUCGAACGAAAAAUUUUAUCUGAUCUUUCAAUGUCAAUCAAAGAUGGUCGAUUUCGAGAACAGAAAAUUCGUUUGAAACAAUCCGGAAUCGGGAAUAUCAUCUAUUUGAUAGAAAACAUGGGAAAUAUAGAAAAUCAAAGCUUACCUGAGCAAACAUUAAGACAAGCUAUAUAUAACACCCAAAUUGUUGAUAACAUAUGUGUGAAAUUUACAAAAAAUGCAAAAGCGACUGUACGUUAUCUCGAUUUAAUGACAAAACGUCUACAACGCUUAUAUUUGACUUUUACACUUGAGGCAGUAGAGAUUUCUGAUUCUCAAGGUAACUUUUCCCAACCCGAAACUAAACAAUUAACCCCUUUUAAUGUAUUCAACGAAAUGGGUUCCAAGCGUAAAAAAUUAACAAUAAAAGAAAUGUUUAUACGUCAGUUGAUGCAAAUUCACGGUAUGUCAUACGAUAAAGCAUCAGCGAUUACAGCACUAUAUGAAACUCCGAAUCAGUUGGUGGAAAAAUAUCGUAAUUUACCUUCAGAAAAAGAGAAAGAAGAAUUAAUAAGUAAAAUUAAAUUUGGAUUGACUGAACGAAACCUCGGAAUAGCCAUGAGCCGGGUGGUGCACAAAGUUUAUUCAACAUAAAAGUUAUUUAAAAUAAUCAAAUUUUGCUUUUUUAUUACCAAAGUUGUUGAAUAAUGAUGAAUAAUGUUAAAACAUAUUUUUUAAAGUGCCCCUGGUACCGUAAUUGAAUAUAUAAGAAGUAUCACAUCUAUUUUGUUUUCGCCACAAUUUCAAAUGUAUUUUUGCAAAAUUGGGCUCUUGGGGAACCACGGGCCCCUGGUUGGGAGGGAUUUUUUAACCCACAUUUUCAGAACUUGAAAAAGUCUGUUUCGAAGAAUGAGGAAAACAAAUAUAUUUGAUUGAUAACUCCUGUCUCCUGCAAUUUAUCAUUGAAAUUUUUGGUGAAAAUCACUUGAAAUUAUGAUUAGAAAACUAAUUCAAAAAGUAUUUAUUUCUUAGUAAUUUUCAAAAUUUCAACAUUUGCUCUUUUGUUAUGGAAUGCAUCGAUUUAUUUUCAGUAUCAUGUGACGUAGAGACUCUUGCACACAACUAUCAAAGUAAACAUGCAGGAAAUGAUAUCACUCUGACUGAUUGAUUCCUUUGCUUAUGCUUUGGCAAUUUCAAUACAACACAGAUUGAUAUUGUGCUUUGUCUAAGCACAUGUUUGCAAUAGGGUUUGAAAUUUAUUCCAAUCCUCUUCCUCAAUAAACAUGAAACAAUUGUGUAGUGUCCAUGUCUGAUAUGGUCUUAGUUAAAUAGUUAUUCAUUUCAGAUACAAGAACUUGAUGAUAUAAGCGACCAGCGGUUACUGGUAUCUGAACUCCUAUGCUUUGCGGAGUAGUCCAGCAAUCACCUCGCACAUGAUUAUCCCGCAUGGUAUUCGAACCCAUACAGGUCGACCAAAAAUGUUCCCAACGCUUCCCUUUUUUUCACGCUUACUUAGUGUGUUUUACACAACUUGCCUUUCAAUACACAAUUUAUUAAUUCUGCCAUUUUUUUUGUAUUCAUGUCAGUGCACGCUUUUCUUUCAAAAUAAGCACACUCCUUUAUUGAGAGUUCUUCAGCUCAGUUAUCGCUGUCUCUUGAAAUGUGCCUAUCACAAACUACAAAAAACUGUAUUAUUGAAUCCUAUUUACCUCAAGAAUUAUCGCUGCUAUGUUUUGCUUUCUGCAUGCCAAUCUUCUUCUUGAAAUGGCAUAUUUACUUUAUUGAUUCUGUUUAUAAAGUGUAUUUUUUGUAUGAUGAAAAAACAAACUUUUCUUCUGGAUUAUCCAUUUUUCUAAUCUGGUUAAAGAUCUGACUUUUGUCGUGGUUAUUAUAUCUUACCAAAUACAUUGCACAUUUCCUUAUCUAUAUUCUCAGAUCAGUUGACAAAAGUUCCAUGAAUUAAAUAUAAAAUGUCCCUUUUUUCAGGAAUAUAUUUAUCACAUUUGUUACUUCAUUAUAUGCAUUUUCA